ACAAACGGUGAAACAGAGUCGCUGGAAUUGGACAAAGAGUCUCGCUUGUCUUACGAUGACUUUGCAGUCACAAAUGAGGAAACAAUUGCAGAGGAACAGGACAUAUUUGAGGCUAACAGAAGCGUGAGAAGAGAAGUCAAAACAAAAGGUAACUUGAAAGGCUGAAGACAAUAAAUUUCUAAUUGAACUUUCGAAAUUAAAUUUACUCAGUAACCUGUAUAAAAAUAGUCGAAAACCAGUGGGUAUUUUCAUAUACCGUGAAACAGAGGGGCAUUCUGUCUGCGCAUGUGCAGUACAAAGAGGCUUUUAUAAGUAGCCGCUGAAACGCGCCCACACGUGGNAAUACAAACAUUGACAUCACUUCCGGUUGCAAAAAGCAUUGAUCCGCUCUUUCCCCGAUGGAUCUCGUAAGAUGACCGCUGACUACCUUUCGGUUUCUUAAAUAUGAUGAAUGAAUGAAUGAAUGAAUGAACGAACGAACGAACGAACGAACGAAGGAGCGAAGGAACGAAGGAAUGAAUGAAUGAAUGAAUGAAUGAAUGGGUGGAUGGAUGGAUGAAUGAAUGAAUGAAUAAAAAGUUGUGAAUAGUGAAUAGUAAAUAGUAGAAUAUCUUUAUUGCGCCUUACUCUCCAAAGGGAGCUAUCGGUAUAGUUACAAUAAAGGUUUUAAUAUCUGUUACUAUAACAACAUAUUUAUUGAAGCAAAACCGAAAAAAAAAAAACAAUAACAGCAAAAUUACAACACACUCAUAUGAUUUUAUCUGUACUUCUAAAACACUAAGCCGCUACUCACGUUAGAAUUCCCCCUGUUUAAGACCGGCUUGACACAAACUCCCAUGUUUUUUUUCUUUUAUUAAAACGUAAAAGUCAUUACGGAACAAAGUGACAUUACUGAAGUGAUCUGAUCAAUAGAACACCCAGAACACAUUUCGAUCUUCAAGAAAUGUGUUUUAAUUUGACAUAUUUUACUGAUGUAGGAAAUGUUCUCGUCGCUGAGGGUGGCGGUUUAAAAUCCACUAAAUGGAUUAUCUGGUCUCAAUUGCGUCGCCUAAUUCGCUGGCUUGGCUGGACUUCUGAUGAGUUUAAAGCAGGAAAAAGAAAUUACUACCGUGUGACUGGUAAAGACGUCGGCGAUCCUUUAUUGGUGGUGUUGAAAAGAGUCGGGGGUUGGUUUGACAACGAUUGGUUCGUAGACCGUGUGACGAUUGAAGUGGAAGGGAAGGAUACCAACUAUGACUUCCCAUGCAACCGAUGGGUGGAGAAAGAGUGUACCUUCUUUGAGGGAACAGGUAGGAUGAGUCUUUAACCAAAGGGAUAUUAUGUUUUCCCCCAGCCAGUUCAGCAGUCGAAAACACAAGCAAAAACUUUGCCGACCCUUAUUGUCUUUACCCACGUAGGAGUACACAAUAUAGUACCAGUACUUUCGUAAUGGUACUUUCUCUACGCUGGAUUAGAAUCCCGACCUGUACAUGUCUAGGGAGGAUUUUCAUUAUUCGCUCCCGUAAUUUUGGCCGAAAAAGCCUUUUUGAAGCUCGUCUAGCCGUUUUCUGUUCGGUUCACUGUUUGGCCAAAAAGAAUCAAAACUGCUCUGAACGCAGUUUUUAUGUCGAGCACUACGUUUUCUUCUGUUUCUGAUACUAAAUUAAAUAACAGCUUCCGAAAUUCAAGCAGGCAUAGAAAGAAAACUUCGAAAUGGUUUUUGGGUUUAAAAAGUGACACACAGCAGUCUCGACUUUUAGUCUUAACGCUCUGACUCCAUCCGGCUUUAUGUUAUGCCGGCAUAAGAACUUUUUCGAAUCCUGCCUUUCUUUCAAUUUUGUCUUUGAUGACGUUAGAUAUAUUCUUUAUCAGCUAAACUGCCUACAGAUGAACAGCAUGACAAAGUGAAGGCUCAAAGAGGAGAAGAGCUUAAGCACAGGCGUUUGCUGUACGAAUGGGGGCGGAACGAUGCGUACUCAGAUUUGCCGGGCUUCGUGAAAGCUGCAGCUGCUGAUGAACUACCAAAAGACGUGCAGUUUACUGAUGACGCUGCGAACAGCUUGACUGACGCUGUGAGAAAUACUUUACUUAAUCUGGGGCUUGAGAGUCUACUAGACAAGUUUUUCGACUGGGAGGACUUUAAUGACUACCGUCAGGUAUUUGAACUUUUGUGCUACUAAUUUGCCAGGAAAUGCUAGCGCUAAGUAAACUUCGUUACUAUAAUCAAAGCGGAGCUCUACGCGCGCGCAAAGCGGGGACGAGAGGACGCCCAUAGCUAAGAAAAUUUGGUUACCUAUGCAUCCAAGAAAUUUGGCAGUCACGUGACCAUACGUCCACCCGCCCGCCCGUCCGUGCGCACCACAGAGAAAACCAAUGUGAAAUGAUAGAUGGAUAGAAACCUUGGUAUUAAUAGCGUAGUUUUUGUACAAAAUAAAAACUGCUAUCCAUAGAGGCCCUAUAUGACAAACUAAAUUGAAUAGAUAUAAUACUGAUAAUUAAGUACCAAUAAAAAUAGCUAUAAAAAGUUAUAUAAAAGCCUUAAAAAUUUAAUUGCUAGAAAAAUCAUAAAAAUGUAAAAAUCUAAAUCUGAUUAAAAAAUACACAACCAUAUAAAAAAAGGCCUUUCUCGUACAUUCUAACUUUGCAGACAGGAGUCUAAGUUUACCAAUGCUCCUUGUUCUUCUGGGCAACACAUCCUCGUUAUAAUUAAAAUAGUGCAUAAAAAGCUGUGGACAACGGUUGCUUAAACAUUUCUUAAUUAGAUUGAGUACAUGGCUAUCACGCCUUUUCUCCAGAGUUACGUAACAUUAGAAAUUUAGCGCUUUUUUCGCUGCUCCCCAGACGCAUAACGAUACGUGCUGCCCGCCUCUGCAACUUCUCCAAUUUAUCAGCGUUAACACUCCCGCAGUAGCUCCACACAGUGUCGCAGUAAUCAAGAAUAGGGAGAUUAAAAGACGUAUAAACGGUACCUGCCGUUUACAUGUUUAUAAUUUCCCUAAUUCGCCCUAACAUAAGAUUGCUAAUCUCUUGCUAACCCUACCGAUCAAGUAAUCAACGUGCGCAUUCCAGGUAAGCGAAGCAUCGAGAACAACCCCAAGAUAUUUAUAAUCAGAAGCCUAAUAAACUGCUUUUCCAUCAAUGACGAUGACGUAUUUCACGUUUAAUCUGGCCAGUUCUCCAAGGGCAAUUGUCAAGUCCACGAACUUGUUUUUGGAUAAAUGGGCGCAUAAGCAUAAUAACGUACGUACGCGCAGAAUGCCAUAUUUGACUCUUUUCUCGAUACCAGUUUUCCUCAACCAAAUGAUAAACAAGAUGGCGGACGAAGCGUCCGCCAUAUUGCUUUUGAUAUGAUUGCAUGAGGUCUGGGUCAAAAUGACCUAUGAUUGGUCUACGGCCUUGUCUUUAUGCCUGUGCUUAUGUCGACCCCGAUUUCACUAGUCAAAGGUGCGACAUAAGCACAAGCACAAGCACAAGAAGAACGAACUCGUCCGUUUUUCUUGUGCUUCUGCUUCUGCUUCUGUCGAGCCAGUUUUCACUUGCUUCCACCUGUGCCUGUGCUUAUGCUUAUGGACCAAGCAUUCUCUUCCCACACGUUGUUGAUGAUUCCCUGACGCCAUUGAUUCUGAAGUAGGUUUCGGUCUUCUGUAACUUUCGCUACUUACUACUGGUCUAGCAAGCUGGCUGGCAACUUGCAGUUCAGAAGCUUUUCUCGCCAGACGCCGGUGAUCUUUGCUCAGCGGAUAUUGCAAGAGUUGAGUGACUGCGAUGAAUACGAAGAGAGCAUGGGCGAUUUUUACCGGGAGCCGUGCGAAACUAGUACACGCCGCUGCAACAUGACAUUGCACAUCCAUGUUGUAUUACAAUGGCAGCUGUCAAAGCAUGUACAUUGUAUCUGCUGACCAGUAUCGCAUGACCGUAUCGCGGGCUCAGUUGUCGACCCAUCGAAGUUACGUGUUUUUUGAAGUUUACCGCUGACAAGUUUCUAGCUUUCAACUGAUCGCAGGCUCAAAUGUAAUAGGACUCUUUGUUGAUAACAUUCAUUAACAGGAGCUUCACCUUUAGCUGCGCCUAAUUAAUUAUUUUUCGCCGACGGCGAAGUUCAUAUUGUUAAAUAAUCCCAAGACGAAGUCGAAGGGAUUAUUCAACAACUUCGCCUGAGGUGGAUAAUUGUUUUAGUGUGUACCAGUGAAGUGAUCUCAACAGAAUCAGAAAGGUAACAAUAGGGUAACCACAGACAAAAUAUCAAAAUAUCAUUACAUCAAUGUCAUGUGUACAUACAUCCCUGUGAUAUUGAAUACAUCCAUGUCAUGUGCAAUAAAAGAUGUUCGGUGCAACGUUAUGCUAAGCACAAGAUGUUCGAUAAAACUAAAAGAAGUAGGAUAAAACUAAAAAGGCGAGGAAGCCAACGUGAUACAAGUAUAAAAAGAUGUUCGAUAACACAAAAGAUAUUCGUUAAAACUAAAAGAUGUGCGAUGAAACUAACCAAGACCAGGAAGCGGAAAUAAGAGAUCAAAUGGCUUUGGAGAGAAAGCCUGGGGACAAAAUGAUUACUGACUAGAUGGCGGAUUUCUAGCGAUGGGAUAGAAGAAAUAAAAUGCAAGGUGCAGUGAUUUGACUUCCUAAUAUCGAGGAAUUUUUUGUUUCUCUGGGUAACUUAAUCACAAGUGCACAAAGACAAAGGGCCGGGGAUUGAAAGAAGUAGCUGGCACAAUGGUAGAAGUAGCCGCCGUAGCGGUUCUUUGGCUUCAACUAGCUUGUCUUGGAAUCUGAAAUUGCGCAUUCACUUCAUCAGCGAUUGACUCAAAUUCAUCUCUGCUGCUUUGUCAUUGAAUUGUUUCCUCUUUGAUUUGAUCUGGUCUGAAGAUUUAUGACCGCGUUUAUAACGUUCCGCACAAAGUCUUGGACAGACCUGAGAUCCGCAGCCCGCAGGACGAUCCGCCAUGUUUAGAUGGAGAAUGACAGGCAACAAAGCGCGGGAAAACUGCUGCAUGGGUAAACAUCAUUUCUGGUUAAGAGCUAAAUCAUUUCCGCUUCCUCAUCUUUUAGUGGUAAUCAUUUCGUUAAAACUAAAAGAUGUGCAAUCAAACUAACAGAGGAAGCGGGAAUGAUUACCACCAAAAGAUGAGGAAGCGGAAAUGAUCUGGCUCUUAACGGGAAAUGAUGUCAUCUUUUAUUGCACAUAACAUGGAUGCAUUUAGUAUGCAGGGAUGUAUGUACACACGACAUUGAUUUUAAUUAAUGAUAUUUCCAUAUUUUAUCCGUAAAAACGCGCCAUACCAAUCGCGACGAUCAAAACCGCUCACAAUUCUCUGAUAAAAUGAAACUAAGCAAUGAUCGUUAUAGAUUAUGUUAAAUUUACGCGAGGAAAACAUGUGUACUUACUUGCAUAUGAAGAAAGUGUUUAGAUUUUGACAAAUUCACGAUGUAACAAAAACUUGAUCGUAAAAAGUACCGCGAUGGGGUCGCGCCGUGAUUUUCGAUCUCUUCGCCGACGAUCACUCAACCGAAAACAAGUACCUCCCUGCUUUGUCGCUGGCCUCAACCAUCAAGUCGGUGGUAUAUAUCGUUUGUUUACUUGUCGAUUUUUUCCUGUUCACGCCUGGCUUUGAUUGAGAUUGUGAAACUGGUUUUUCACCUCGCUCUGGGGUGCUUACCAUUUGACAGAAAAAUCCGGUUGGGGUGUCGAAAGCAUAAUAGUAAGCGAUUUACCAGUUUACCGUAGAAAUGCCGCAUCCGCUACGGUUUGAAACCAAAAAAGGGCGAAUUUAUGUAGAGUGAGUCUGGAACCGGGAAGGAACCGAGAAAUUGGUUAAUGGUAAACAACAUUCCGUUUGGUUCGUACCAACCGGAAUGAAAGGACUACCUCAAAACGUACUCCUCAAUUUUCGGUUGGAAUUUCCGAAAAGUGACCUUACCAUUUACCUUCCAUCCGGAAUUUCCGAAAUUUUCUGUCAAAUGGUAAGCACCCCUGGUCUAAUGACAGCACGUGACGCAAAAAAUGUCUCAUGAUCCUCUAGGAAACAAUCGGCUUGCAUAUGCAUGAACCCCAGUGGAGUGGGGUUCGGAAAAUAGGGAGAUUAAGAUAAUAUAAAAUAAGCGACUUUAUUUAACGCCCUCAAAAAAUAAAUUAAGAAAUACAAUGAAAUGUCGAUUUUUCCUGUUCACGCCUGGCUUUGAUUGAGAUUGUGAAACUGUUCGUCGAUAUUGAAAGAUUAAGUAAUUAGCAUAAUGGAUUUGCAAAUACCGGUGCAAUUUUCUUGAGAACUCGUACACUUAUACCAUCGUACCCAUGGGCCUUGUUGCUGGUAGGAAAUUUUUUCUAUACGGCCAAUAGUUUGUUUAGGCGCUAGCAAGGGAAUGUGUAAAACGUGUCUUCAUUUAAUCUUGAACAGAUAAAGUUUGUCAGCUUGGUGUUGUCAAACUCUACGUCAGCUAUGUUGUCCUUGCAAAUUUGUUCUAAGAUGUUAGCGAAGUACUUAAUAUUAAUAUAUUUGCAUUGGAGGCGUCAUCGCUAACAAUGCCAUUUUCUGUAACAAUUUCAUUGAUACGAAGUCGAGGUUUACUUGUCCCGCUUAACGAUUUCAGUGCCUUCCAAAUACCUUUAGGAUUUUCUUUGUUCUCAUCAAUUUUCUCGCGAAAAAAACUUCUCUUUGUUUUUUUUUAAUGAGAUUUGUGGUUUGACCUUUUGCACGCGUGUACUGAGCCCAGUCCUCAUGCAAACUGCAAUACGCGCCUUUUUUUUAAUAAUUUGUCCCUUAUUUUCUUUGAACGUAGAAUCUCCUUUGUCAUCCAGACAGGUUCAGGGCUGGGUUUCUUGACACGUUUAGACUCAAGUGGAAGAUAUCGUUCUAGAACAUCGUUAAGCAUUGUUUCUAUGAAACUCAGAACAUCGUUUAUAUCACCGAACACAAACGCUUCGUCCCAUGGGGUACAUUGUAGAUCUUUUAGUAAUUCAUUAGUAUUCAAUUUCUUUAAGUCACGAUAUUCGAUGGUACUGUGAAACUUAGCUCUCUGCCUUUUUUGAGUAUUUUCUUCUGAAAUAAUAAAAACCCGUAGAUAGUCCGCAAGAUCAAUGUUAGAGAUAGAAAUAUCGGCCAUGAAGCCCGGAUGCGUUGUGUAGACGUGGUCAAGACAAGGAGAGCUUACAGGACGUGUAACUUCAUUAACGAGUUGACUCAAAUUAAGCGUUUGCGCCAAACGGCAGACGUGAAUUUGUACCACGUGACCAAGUUUCCCCCUUAUUUUCCGUUUACUCUUUAUUGCUUCUACACAAAAAUAAGUGGUUUUAUGCCCGUUUUAACCAUAGGAAUCGGGACUGUUUUUAUCUUCUUAUUUUCUAAUCUGAGAAAUUCUCAACUUAAGUCUGACGUUUGCCGUUUGCGGUUAACGUGAAUCUUAAUCUCUCUAAUGACACAUUUUGACCACGCCGAAGUCGACAUGUAACCAUAAACAGAAGAUGCGCGAAAGUUAGAUCGCUUAGCUUACAGUACCUUCAAACAUGGCAUAUCAUUUUUCUAAUCUUUUUGUAAGCUUGAGCAUUAAUGGUUUAAAAGAAAAUGUCGAAAGUUUAAAUUACUAACCCUUUUAAGAAGAAACGUGGAGCUUAGUUUGGUUCUGUCAACUUACUGUGAAUGAGAAAGUUUUUUUGUUGUCGCUUCUUGCAAAUGCUCUCAACAGCGAAAACGAUCGAGGUGAGCGUUGUUUAUCUGCAGUGUUCUUUGCCUUGUUAACUUGGUUGCACGUACAAUUUUCGAAAAUAUUUGCCAUUUUUUUCUAUAAAUUAGCUUUUAUUCAUAGGCAAAGUUAGCCUUGCAAGGAAAUCCCUAGUUCACAAAACAGUGACAAAGCGGCUUCGGUUUCCUCUGCAGUGGUAAACAUUGCUUGGAGUGUUUAAGAAGUCAGCUACAGUAAAUCACUUCAUAAUAAUUCACGCUGUUUGUAAACCAUGAAGUCUUUUCUUUCCUUCAAAAUCGUCGGAUAUAAAGUAUUCUUGUAUUUUCAAAAAGUUCUUACUCUGAAACUCUGGCAAAACACUCAGUUCAAGACAGUGAUUUUGUUGCUUUAUAUUGCGGUGAUUAUAGUCCGAGACAGCGACCCAAUCAGAUUGCUCGAAUCACCAAGAUCACUGAAUGUGUAUAUACUAAAUCUAUAUAUUAAUCAGCGAUUCUGUAUAAGGAAAAAACUAUGCACCAACAAAUGAUAACAUAUACAGUGGAACCCGUUAAUACGGUCAUCAAUAAGCAAAACAAAUUGGCCGCCAUAUUAGCGGGCGACCGUAUUAAAGAGGAGUUUUGACAAGAACAUUUAUGGCCGUUUAGCCAGGCCGCCGAAAAAGGUGGCCGGAAUAAAGAGGUGACCAUAUUACCAAGGUGGCCGUAAGGCGGGAUUUCACUGAAUGUUAUCCUCUUUCUUUAAAGGAGCAAGAAAUAAUGAUACACGACUGGUUAUAAAUGCACCGCCAUCUGUGCGGGUCGUCCCUGAUUUGAUUCCAUGGUGUUACCCCUUCCCAGGUUUGACUGCUUAGGUUACGUAGGUUACGGGAUAGAGAUCCCAGUAAAUCUCACGGAAGAAAGCCAAACGGAUGCUUGCUUGAUAUGUCCCGCGUGUGCGUAAUAGUAAAUAUAGCUGGCUCCUCUGGUCGCCCACUGGAAAACAGUGCUCGUACGGAGAGAAACUGAGUAAGGGGAAGGAAGGGGAGGGGGUCGAGUUUGUUAGGCAGAUCACGACUUACUUCGAGCCAACGGUGUAAAGAAAAGAAGAUUUCCUCCUCCUGACGAUCGAAGGGGCUCUGUUCGCAAGGUACUCUAUACCGUCGAUUUCGGCUUAGACUGGUUGGCGAUCAGAAGAAUCUUUUUUUUUUCACAUUGGUCUCUUAAGAUGGGGAUCGCUUCAUAGUAAUGCCGAGACUCUAGGAAAAUGAAAACUUUAGUGGUAGAUUGUUCAAUAUUUUACGAUUAUAGAUAUUUACUAAGUUCGUCGAUGGCGUACCUCAAGCAGCAGACCAUUGGAAGGAUGACCGCUUCUUUGGUUUCCAGUUCCUAAACGGAUGUAACCCAGAGUCUAUCGAAAGGUGCAACAAACUGCCAUCAAACUUCCCUGUCACGCAGGAGUUAGUUGGAAAUCAGUUGGACAAAGGAGACACAUUAGAGAAAGCACUGAAGGUUACUUUUCUUAAUUUUUUUACUUUCGGAUAAUAAGUCUGUGUUUUGCUUAGGCCCGGUUGGCUGGUUUACCCAGCUUAUCUUGGGCUAACAAUAAAAUAGAAAAAAGGGGAAAUAUUAUUGACUGCAAUUACAAUCUGGAAUUUUCAUUGAUUUUCACUCAUUUCACGCCUUUUUUUCUAGAACGACAAACGCUUUGUGAGGCGUCUGUGCAAUGAACAUUUUCUCUCAUUCAGUUUUAUAUCUUUUUUUAUGCAAAAAUUGCGCGGAUUGCUUAUGGCUAAGAUUUUUUCGACUAAUUAAAAUAAAUUAAUAAAAGAAGUUCGUGGCAAGUGAUCCGGCGGCAAAUCAAGGAAACCUGGCAAGCGCUUCUUCUCGUGCCAGACAAAAGCCUGCCUGAAAACUUCCCGUUAGUUCCAUAUUUAAGAUUUUUAAAAUGUUCCGCUUGAGGACUUUAAUUCAUUACCGUUCAGUAGUUAUUAAACUGGUACCUAUAAUUUCUAGGGCGGUCGGAUCUACAAAGUGGAUUACAAAAUCUUGGAGCACAUUCCGCCCUAUGGUCAGAAAGGAAAGGACGUAAGGUACAUGUGCGCGAGCCUGGGUCUUUUCUAUGUCAAAGGAAGCGGAGACCUGGUGCCAAUAGCCAUUCAGCUUCAUCAGCAGCCAAGCAAAAAUAAUCCAAUAUGGACCCCGAAUGACUCCGAGUUGGACUGGCUCUGUGCCAAGUUGUGGUUAAGAAACUCGGACACUCAGUUCCAUCAGGUAUCUUAGACAAUAGGCCUUUUUGCAGAAUAUGGUCACACGGUACAAAAGACACCUUGCUGGAUGGCUGGAUGGAUAUUUUUGCUAAAAUCAAACAACCCCACUCUCCUUAAAAGUAAAAUGGUCGGCCCUUUCGGUGGGCCACAACAUGAUGUGGUCUGCUUUAUAAGCGAUCCGACCAAAUGUUUGGCCUGGGGUAGGGAAACGACUGCCACUAGCUAGGGCUUUCAAUACAUCAUCGGUAGGAGCUCUCAAUUUGAGAUCGAAUGAGCUUAAUUUCUAAAUUUGAGAAACAAUCGCUUCAAAACAGGUUCCCUUUUACUCUUUUUAAAAUUGAGUCAAAACAUUGGGCUUUUUUAUGAAGCACAUUGAGUCAAAAAAAAAUUAAGUCAAAAAUUAAGUUCACGAGCACACUAAAAAAUAAAACUGAAAACAGUUCUUGCACUAAAAAAAUAAAAUGUACAUUAAAAUUUUCUCUUAAAAAAGUAUAAAGGAGCGUGGUAAAAGCAAAAAGCAACAUUUGGUGUCGAGGUUCUGAUGCAAAGGACCGAAGUUUUUCUUAAACAAAAAAUUAUUGGGGUUCAAAAUUACUAUUUGUUCCGAAAUAAUUAGUCCCUUCAGCCUGUCCCUUAUUGCCGAUUGUGGCAAUUGUAUAUCAGGGAGCUUAAGACGGCGAUGUCUACGAAAACGUCACUUAAAAAGUGAAUUCACGCUACUUCAAACUUUAUCGCCCUUACUCCAACUCGUUCAAUUCGUCAAAUUUUGGCAAAUUUUUCUGGAGUUGAAUUCUAAAAGACUGUAUCAAAGUUCAGGAAAAGAAAAGGAAAGUCCUUGUCUGCGUUCACAUCCUCGACAAAAGGUGAAAUUAGGCACUCUCACGUUGUAGUCGUGCAGCGACAGCAAAGAAAUAUACAAAAAAGCAACAUAAACAUGCAAAGUUGUUGCUUUGCCAAUCCAAACCGAUUGCGUUUUCGCCGUUCUCGUUGCCGUCACCAUCGUCGUUGCUUAAGCUCUCUAUUAAGUAAAGUUACGAGUAAUUUUGCUCAAGGGGGCUUGCUAUUCUUGCUCUAUUAGAGUUGCUUCUUUUAUUUUAUUUCUUUUUUAUUCUUUACAUUUAAACACUUUUACUCCUCUGAUGACAAAAAAGUUGACUUUUAAAAUCUUUUACAGUGCGACUACUCAAACCGUGGCACUUGGGAAAGCAUUAUCCAAUCACAACCGUUUUUGAAAAUGAAAGAUUCUCAAAGUUUUUUUUGCAAACUAUGCAAUCAUUGAAAACUCUAAACACGUUUUAACUUACCUGACCUCUCAAGAAACAGCCCUCAAGUUUAAACACAGGACGGAAUUUGAAAAAUCCGUAAAUGGAAAUUUAACGUAAACACGUAAAACCGUUGCGGAAACAUGACGGCAGUCACAUGUUUUCGUCAGCGGAUACAGUAUGUUUACCCGUGUUUCCGUCGCUGCGUUUUCGGUGGAAUCCCACCACUUUUUUUUAUACGUUUCCGUCAAAUUUCCGUCUAUGGAAACACGUGUUUCCGCAAGCGUAAAUGCGUGGCAUCUUUGCGGAAACACGCGAAAACGUUCCGGAAACAAGACAAUUUCAUGUUUCCGACUAGGAAAAAUGACGGAAACGCGUCCCGUCCAUGGAAAACUAGGGGCGCGAUCCAUGCAACCAAAAUUCCGACCGUCCGACGGGGAAAAGUGGUCCACCUCAAAAGGUGGACCAGUUUUUUCAAAACCUUUCCAGUUGGACAGAACCGAUCCAUUGAGUUUUGGACCGAAAUUUCCGGAAAUUUUGGUUGAAUGGAUCGCUCCCCAACCUCGUCCCCAGGGCGCUUUUCCCUGGCUUUGGGGGCGGGGCCGCCCUGGGGACGAGGUUGAUCGCUCCCUAGAUCACCAUGUUUCCGCAGGGCGGAAACGUGACCGAUAUAAGCAACUUCCCGUUUCCGUAAAGUUUACAAAAUACGGAAACACGUUAUUUCGUCCUGUGUUUAAAAAUGUUGUUGAUCCGUUUGCAAAAAACCUUGAAAAUCUAGAUCUUUUGUUUUCACAAAGCGUUAUGAUUGGGUUCGAGCAGUCGCACUGUAAAGUGUUUAACUAGAAACAUUGUCCCGGGUUUGAUUUAGAUGAUAACUCAUCUUCUACGAACACAUCUCUUCAUGGAACCAGUCACUGUCGCAAGCUACAGACAUCUCCCCACAAUCCACCCCCUUUGGAAAUUGUUGUCUCCUCACAUCCGAGGGGUUCUAGCUAUCAACACUUUUGGGCGGGGUCGCUUGAUAGCAAAAGGAGGCGUGGCUGAUAACACUCUUUCUGUUGGAGGCGGAGGUACGUAUGUAGUGGAUAAUUUCGUAAAAAAGGGUUCGCAGGAACCUUGAAAGUACUUGACAGUCCUUGAAUUUUUCUUUAAAUUCAAGGCCUUGAAGUCCUUGAAAAUUGUAGUCGGUGCAGGAGACUCGAUCCUUGAAUUUCGGUGCUAACUAAAUCUAACCCAGAUCUUCAAGUGCCUAAUAUAUGAGCGCAUAGAACCUUCAGGAUAAGAAUUGCUGAUAAUGUGGAUGAACUAAAACAAAAAUAUAUCAGACUCAAGGCUCUUUUUGCGCUGAAUGGAGUCCUUGAAAAAUGGGAAAUGUUUUCUUUAAAGUCUUUGAAAAGUCCUUUAAUUUGUUGUUCAAAAAAGGAUACGAAUCCUAAUGGAAGAUCUUAAGUAAAUAUGUAAAUAAAAUAAAACGAACCAAAAGUGAUAUCUUAGAAAAUACUGGAAGAGGGUUCAUGAGAACCCUGUAAAAUGUCUCACCUGGGCCUGCUCGAAUACAAGUGUAACAAUUACCAAGCUCAACCUCAAAUUACCACUCAAUUAUUUGUCGUUCUUGGUGACGACUCCUCAAAGGGACUGGAAAUAUGGACGAAAAUCGAUCAAGAAAACUUCUUAGAGGAGGGAGGGGAUGCAUCAAGAGACUAAUUAGGUCUAAUAAGACCUCAUUACGAAUUCGACGCGCCCUCUUCCUAGUCCAUAAUAUUAAACAAGCGCCCAUGUCCAAUAAGCACCCCUCCAAUUCCUACUCACUUUUUUUCUGUUUCUAUUGUUACUUUAUUCAUACGUUUUUUAAACUUGACCCUUGAAUUGAACUUCAACAUUUAUACCGAUGUAUAUUGGGACUAUGGUACUAUGGUAUAGUUUUGGCUUUACGUUUACGUGGCCGUAAUGUCGUAGUGUUUGUUUUUCCAUUGUUGACUUAGCCAAAAUAAAGUUUAAAAAAAGCUCCUUGGAAGGAAAAUUUAUUAAGCGCUCCUCCCCCCUCCCUCCUUCUCGAGAAAGCGCCCUCCUUCCACUGAGCGCUACUUGCAGUAAUAAGCGUAUGGGCGCUUAUUUGAGGAAAUAUCUAACGAUGUGAAUUUAGAAAAUAAUAAAAUUUGACUUUGUUUAUGGAUAGGACACAUUUUGCUGAUGCAAAAGUAUCACAAGACCAACAGUUGGACGACCUAUAACCUUCCCCGAGCUUUAAGGAAAAGAGGACUUGAUGAGGCUGAUAAACUGCCCAACUUUCAUUAUCGCGAUGACGCUCUAAAACUAUGGGCAGCCAUCAAGGAAUUCGUCAACGAAAUUCUAGAAAUUUACUAUCGUUCCGAUGACGAUGUCGUUAAGGUAAAUAGAAAUUGUUAACGUAAAAGGUAUCAAUGGAGGAAGCGAUACUAUUAUCCGCGCUUUUAUGGGUCGCGCGCGUAAUUAGUUUUUGCCUGAAAUUUGAAAAUUAAGGAUAACCAUAUCUAUCUAUUUAUUAUAUUCCUAUUUUUCUAUUUAUUUUGUGUCAGGACUAUGAGCUACAGCACUGGAUCAAAGAUUUACACGAUUAUGGCUAUCCGGUCACUGACGGACACGACGACCAUGGUGUCCCAAAGUCCUUCGAGAGCCGCCAAAAGCUGUGCGACUUUCUCACAGCCAUUAUCUUUACCUGCUCUUGUCAGCACGCCGCGGUUAAUUUUUCACAGUUUGAUGUCUACAGCUUCCCGCCUAAUUCGCCCGCACUUAUGCGCCAGCCAUCACCUACAAGGAAGGGCGAGAUCCAGAAGGAGCACCUUAUGAAAUGCCUUCCUACCAAGCACCAAGCCGCAAAUACUAUUGCUGUAGUGUACAAUUUGACUCGCAUUUUUCCGGAUGAGGUAAGAGUUACUCGGUCGUCAUGGCUGUCACAGUCCUAAUCAUGCAGAAUUCAUAGACAGAUAGUGUUCUCAAGCAUAUCAGACAGACUAAAGCAUGUUAAGCAUAGCCCCUUAGCUAGCAGGAUUAUAAAAGUGCGGAGAGCCUCUUUGCUGGCGGAGACGAAGUUUGUAGCGAGCAGCGAAGUCUACGCAAUGAAAAAUCUCGACUUAAAGCACACUCAGUUUUCUCUAACAGAACUACAAAAAUAAUAAUAAAAAAGUAGUGGCCUUUAUCAAAUUUAAAGACUUUUUUAUUUGGUACUCUGAUGAAAAGACUUUGCUCUUUACACACAAAACACAAAAUGUUGAAGAAAACGAGACCAGCUGCUACCUUUUGCGGUAUAGUUAAAAACAGGAAACAGAAGUAUCAAAACUCAGCUUAAAUUAUCAUGUCAGGUUGGGAUGGUUUAGAACUUAACCAGGGGUCUCAAUCAGUUUCAAAGGCUUUUGGUAUAGAAGGAGCCGUAUAGCGUAGGUUUUUAAAAUCUCUUUUUGAAAGUCUUUAUUGCGUAAUUUCGUAUGAACCCGCAGCCUAAUUUGAACACCUGACAUGCGUAGUUUGUUCAUUGCGCUACUAUGGAACUCCGUCUCAGCUUUGCUUGAAUCCAUCAUUUGGAAAUUGUAGCUAUAAAUGACUUCUACAUUCUGUCCCAUUUUAUUACCUAACGCCGUGACACUGAGUAAGGCUACGUCAGUCUCUUAGCGUAAACAAUUUUGUGCGUUUGUGACACGUUCGUGUGUUCACACGGGAAUGUCUGGUGUGAACCCGAAACGGUCUGAACUUGCGCUGCCUGGAAGCUAUCCGAACAGCUUAAAGACGAUUGGGUCAGAAAACAAUAAAUAAGCUAAUAUGGGGCCAAUAUGGGAUGCGUCGGGGAGUGAGUAGGCGCGCAUGCCGGACGUAGUUAAUCGAUAAACCAAUAAUCGGCAUUAAUCGAUAUCAAUCAUCGAUGAAUAUCGAUUUCGGAUAUCGAUCGAUAGAAAUCGAUAAAUGACUUCAAUUAAUAUCGAUGAUUUCCGAUAAAAAUCAAAAAAUGAUUUGUGGGAAUUAGUGUGUUCAUGAUCAGUCCGUCAGUAAUAUUUCCUUUUCUCACAGAAAUUCAUUGGCGACUAUCCUGAGCGGCUAUUUAUUGACGCUGAGGCCGAGGAUGCCAUUUCCAAAUUUCAGAAGAAGCUUCGGGGAAUCUCCAUUGAGAUUAAAGAACGGAACGAAACCCUUGAAGAACCAUACCGUUACCCUUACUUGCUGCCUAGUCGAGUGCCUAACAGCAUCGCCAUCUGA